ACUCUCAACCCAAAAAAAUCAAACAAAAUAUCAACCGAAACCAUAACCAAAACUUUCUCUCUCACACGCACACACACAAUCUUAAGUUCGUCUCGCUUUUGCGUAAAAGAAGAACGACAGAGAUGGGUACGAUAAACCAAGGAGUAAGUUUUUUUGAUGAAUCGCAGACCAUCAUAAACCCUAAUAAUAGUAACCAUCUAGGUUUCUUCUUCUCUUUCCCUAGCCACACCUUAUCUUCAUCAUCUUCUACCUCUUCGUCUUCUCCCUCCUCUCUUGUGUCUCCAUUUCUAGGUCAUCACUCCUUAAACUCCUUUCUUCACAAUAACCCCUCUUCUUUUGUUUCUCAUCCUCAAGAUCCCAUCAAUCUCAUGACCAAUCUCCCCCAAUCACUAAUCUCGUCUCUCUCCACCUCGAAACAAAGAGAUGAUCAUGAUGGCUUUCUUGAUCUCGAUCAUCAUCGUCUUACCGGUAGUAGAUCAUCCCAAAGACCCUCACCAAAUCCAUGGGCAUGGAGUAGUCAAGCGGGAUAUGGAUGCAGCCAGAAAAACAACCAUGGAAGCGGGAUUGAUAUUGACGAUAAUGAUGAUGAGGUAGGCGAUGGUGGUGGUGGAACUAAUGAUGAUGAUCAUCAUCAUCAACAUAAUUCUGCUCGUCGUCAUGAAAAACAUAACACGGCGUCGUUAGGCGGCGUUGUUUCUUCUCUGAAAAUGAAGAAGCUUAAGACAAGAAGAAAAGUGAGGGAACCGCGGUUUUGCUUUAAGACACUUAGCGAGGUUGAUGUCUUAGAUGAUGGCUAUAGAUGGAGAAAGUAUGGCCAGAAAGUCGUCAAAAACACCCAGCAUCCCAGGAGCUAUUACAGAUGCACACAAGACAAGUGUAGAGUGAAGAAGAGAGUGGAGAGAUUAGCAGAUGACCCAAGAAUGGUAAUCACUACUUACGAAGGAAGACACCUUCACUCUCCUUCUAAUCAUCUUGACGACGACUCUCUCUCUUCCUCUCACCACUCUCCUCUCUCCAACUUCUUCUGGUGAUUUCAAUUUGUAUUUUCUGUUGAAUCAACCAAUCGACCUUGCCCCCAAAACUAAUUUCGUAUUAUUAAUCAAUACCUUAGAUUAAUAAAAAAGGGAAAAAGUUAUACCUAUAUAUAUAUAUAUAUAUAUGUUCUCGUUAAUUAUGAAAUAGUUACGAUGUUUUAGUAUGUGUAAUGUGUUGGUUUGUGUUUGUAAGAUGA